CAAACAAAUUGGCAAAACAUUAAAGAAAAGUUAAUUGAUGAGAGGGAGAUGCGGGGUGAUUGCUGCAAUCUUAACUGUGUCUACAUUGUGUCUGAUAUUGCAGUUACCGCUGACUUUUGAGGACGUGGCCAUUUAUUUCUCAGAGCAAGAAUGGCAGCUUCUGCAGACAUGGCAGAAGAAGCUCUACAAGCAUGUCAUGAGAACCAAUUACAAGACUCUGGUCUCACUAGAUCCUUUGCAGGGCCACGGCUCCUCUCCACCCUUCUUAGGAGGAAGGGAAGACGUUUCCUUCAGCUCUCAGCAAGGCAUCAGCCUCGUGACCCCACAGAGACCUGACACCCUGGCUCCAGGCACAGCAGUCCAUGGCUCUAGCGAGUCUGUGGCAGAAGGGGGAUAUGCAAGUCACAGAGCCCUGGGCCUCCCUUCCUGGCAGGGUCUCCAGAGUCCUCACCUGACCUGUGGAGAGAUCUGUGGGAAGGAAAACCAUUUAGGGAUGCACCCGGCAGGCCACUCCAAGGACACAGCGAAUAUUGUUGGAAAGAAACCCGCCAGCCAAGCCAACCUGGCUGGGGACCCGUGGAGAGGGGAGCCAAGGAAUGUCUCCUUCAGCAUGUCCGCCCUGCACUGGGGGCGCGCUGGACAGCAGCCCAAGGAUGCGCUGCCCUUCCACUGUGCCCAGUGCGAAGCGCGCUUCAGCCUGCGCAUCCAGCUGCACGUCCACCGGCGCAAGCACAGAAACCCCAGGCGCUUCACCUGCAGCGUGUGCAGCCGCACCUUGUCCCAGCGGUUCUCCUUCCAGGAGCACCUGCGCCUUCACAGCGGGGAGAGGCCCUUGCAGUGUCCACAGUGCCCCAAGAGCUACCGCUGGAAGAGCUCCCUGCGGCUGCACCAGCUCACCCACAGCACGCAAAAGCCCUUCCAGUGCCCACAAUGCCCCAAGAGCUUCCGCUUCAAGCACGCCAUGCAGGUGCACCAGGUCACCCACAGCGCCCAAAAGCCCUUCCAGUGCCCACAGUGCCCCAAGAGCUUCCGCCUCAAGCACACCAUGCAGGUGCACCAGGUCACCCACAGCGCCCAAAAGCCCUUCCAGUGCCCACAGUGCCCCAAGAGCUUCUGCCUCAAGGGCACCUUGCAGCAGCACCAGCGCACCCACACCGCCCAAAAGCCCUUCCAGUGCCCACAAUGCCCAAAGAGCUUCUGCCUCAAGGCCAUCUUGAAGGAUCACCAGUACAUACACUGUGCCCAGAAGCCCUUCCAGUGUCCGCAGUGCGCCAAGAGCUUCCGCCGCAAGGGCACCCUGCGGGAGCACCAGCUCACCCACAGCGCCCUGACACCCUUCCAUUGCCCACAGUGCCCAAAGAGUUUCUGCUUCAAGGGCUCCCUGCGGAAGCACCAGCUCACACACAGCGCCCAGAAGCCCUUCCAGUGCCCGCAGUGCCCCAAGAGCUUCAUCCGCAAGAGCACCCUGCGGGAUCACCAGUUCACACACAGCGGCCAGAUGCCCUUCAACUGCAGCCAGUGUGGCAAGAGCUUCGUCCGGAAGACCGAACUCACCAGGCACCUUGGCGUACACAGCAGGGAGAGGCACGUGCAGUGUUCCAUCUGUGGCAAGAGCUUCCAGGUCAAGGCUGACAUGAAGACAUACCAGCUGCUGCACGGAGGGGAGAUGCCGUUCUCCUGCAAGUGCGGCAAGGGCUUCGCCAAGCGCUUCCAGCUAGUGGAACACAUCAGGACUCACAUCGUCGAGAAGCCUUUCCAGUGUAGCAAGUGCAAGAAACCUUUCCAGUGUCCCAAGUGCAACAAGGCUUUCCGCUUGAAGACACAGUUGGUCAGCCACCAGCGGGUACACACUGGGGAGAGCCCUAAGUCCAAACUCACUGCCCAUGUCAGAGUGCACACAAAACCCUGUCCUGCUCCGAGGGACCUGAAGCCUGAUUCUGAAAUUAAGAAAGGCUGAGCCUGCUAUUUACAAUGAUAGAAGCUGAGUGGAGCUGAGGCAGGUGCACAGUCAACACAGCCAGUGAAUGAAUGAACGAGAUGCCCCUGGUUUCUCAGAAACAGCCCAAACCCACGGGAAGGCAGAUGGGGAGAACGCAAGGGGCUGCUUUAAGCAAACAUGUGACACAGAUUAGGAACUGGGGCAAAGCUAACAGAUUUUUCUCCUUUGAAAUCACUGGCAACAUUUGCAAUCUAUUAAUAAAAGAGAGAUUUGUUCUGCCU